AUGGUAACUCUAGCUUGGGCUGCUUGGUGGUGUCGAAAUAAGAUCACGUUUGAUAAUGGAAGUCAAUGUCCCAUAAGUAUUGCAACUAAUCUGACAAAAUCAGUCCAUGAUUAUGUUGAAUAUGUUAAUAAGGUGUUCCUGCGUGGUGGAGCUCAAAGGUCUUCAUCAGCAAACUCGUGGUGGGAAUGUCCUAGCUUGGGUGUAGUUAAAGUGAAUGUGGAUGCACAUGUAGGGAGCUCUACAGGUCUCAGGGUAGUCAUCAGGGAUGAGAAUGGCAUUAUUCGAGCUCCUGCUGUACGGAAGGAGGCUGCUGGCUGGGCUCCAGAUUUGGCAGAAGCUACGACUUGUAGAUAUGGUCUACAAUUGGCUGCCAGACUUGGGUAUUUUUCGAUUGUGCUUGAGAGUGAUGCAAAGAACGUUGUGCAAGGGGUCAAGAUGAAGGCUAUAGGAUUUACUCCUUUCUCUCUUAUUAUCGAUGAUAUUUGUAAUCUUUCUAGUAUCUUUGAUGUUUGUUCUUUUUCUCAUGUUAAGCAUGCGAGUAAUACUCUAGCCAAUCAUGUUGCAAGGUGGGAUUCUAGAGGUUGUAACGAACUCGUUUGUUUAGGUCCUUUUCCCCAAAGCCUCUUAAUUUUGGCGGAAAUUGACCUCCUUUAA